AUUUACGCAUAUGGCAACUCCAUAAACAUGCAUUGUCCGCGAUCUAUUACAAUGAAACAGCUGCCAACUUUAUAUGUGCAUCAAACGUCAAAUUAAAGAAAACAGCAGUUUUAACGAGAAAAACAUUAAUUAUACAUUUUCCGAUAUAAAAGUAAAAGUUUAGCACAAAUAAAAUGUUUAAAUCAAGUUUUGAAAAGAAUCUUGAAAAUGCUACAAGUCACUUACGACUGGAACCUGAGUGGCCUUCCAUUCUACUCAUUUGCGAUGAAAUCAACCAAAAAGAUGUCACGGCUAAAACAGCUUUCGCUGCAAUUAAGAAGAAAAUGAGUUCCCCAAAUCCACACUCGGCGUGCUAUGCAUUGUUGGUCUUGGAGAGCGUCGUAAAGAAUUGUGGCGCACCAAUGCAUGAUGAAGUAUUCACAAAGGAGAACUGUGAAAUGUUUAGUAAUUUUCUUGAACAAACACCACACGAAAAUGUACGUCAAAAAAUGUUGGAGCUAGUGCAAACAUGGGCAUAUGCAUUCCGCUCUUCAGAGAAGUAUCAGGCAAUAAAGGAUACUAUGACUAUACUAAAAGCUAAAGGGCACACUUUUCCCGAAUUAAAGGAGGCAGAUGCCAUGUUCACCGCAGACACGGCUCCAACUUGGGCUGAUGGCAAAGUUUGUCACCGUUGCCGGGACCCAUUCUCGCUUACCAAUCGCAAGCAUCAUUGUCGUAACUGUGGUCAAGUUUUCUGUGGCCAGUGCUCGAGCAAGCAAUGUCCUAUACCGAAAUUUGGCAUUGAAAAAGAUGUGCGUAUAUGUGAUGGUUGCUAUGUACUGCUGCAGCGUCCAAAUACCAAACCAGCAGUUCGUGCUGCUGCCGAGAGUGAUUUGCCAGCAGAGUAUGUCAAUAGUUCUCUUUCGCAACAAGUGCAGACACCACCACGUAAAAGCGAACAAGAAUUAAAGGAAGAAGAAGAGCUACAGCUGGCUUUGGCACUGAGUCAAUCAGAGGCCGAAGAAAAGAAGAAACAACAACAGCAACAUUCAUUAGCUGCUUACCGUUUGCAACAGCGUUCACCAAGUCCAGAGGCACCACCAGCACCAAAAGAAUACCAACAAGAGGAAACUAAUCCGGAUUUAGCUAAGUAUUUGAACCGCUCCUAUUGGGAGCAACGUAAAGUGAGCGAAUCUCCAUUGGCUAGUCCAUCAGCGCCAAGUCCAAUGCCAACACCACAACCACAACAAGCACCCGCACAGCCAAAGUCAGCUGAUGAGGUGCAAAUCGAUGAAUUUGCUGCAAAUAUGCGUGCACAAGUGGAUAUUUUUGUAAAUCGCAUGAAAUCAAAUUCGAGUCGUGGUCGUAGCAUUUCGAAUGACUCUUCAGUGCAAACACUCUUUUUGAAUCUGACUUCACUGCAUUCGCAGCAACUGUCCUAUAUUAAGGAGAUGGACGAUAAACGGAUGUGGUAUGAACAGUUGCAGGAUAAAUUGGCGCAAAUUAAAGAUUCGCGCGCAGCAUUGGAUGUGUUGCGUCAGGAGCAUGUGGAAAAAUUGCGUCGCCUUGCCGAAGAGCAAGAGCGUCAACGUCAAAUACAAAUGGCACAAAAGCUAGAGAUUAUGCGUAAGAAAAAGCAAGAGUAUCUACAAUAUCAACGUCAAUUGGCGUUACAACGCAUACAGGAGCAAGAGCGUGAAAUGCAAUUGCGUCAAGAACAACAAAAAGCCCAAUAUCUAAUGGGUCAAACCGCCUUUCCGUUUAUGCCGCCGGGUGUGAUUGGCGGUCCUCAAGGUUCGCCUUCACAUCAAAUGAAUAAUGUAUACAAUCCUUAUGCUUUCAAUCCGAACUCACCGGGACCGGGUAAUGGUGGUGUUGCUGGCGCCCCACAAUUCAAUCCUGCCGGCAAUAUGAUUAAUCCUCAAGGCGCACCUCUAGGACCAGCUGGUAUACUGCCUGGAAUGUAUGCGACAGGUGGUUUGGUUGCAGGACAACCAAAUCAACAGCAUCCUGGUAUGAUGUUACAGCAGGGACCAAUGCCACAGCAGGGUAUGUUGCCGGGGCAACCACAAAUCGGUGAUAAUAUGUCGAAUAUGCAGGCGCAACAACCACUAAAUUCCGCUUUGGGACCGCAACAACAACAACAACCACAACAACACCAUUCCCAAUUGGCUCACGUUAUGCUACAACAACAGAAUGUCAUGCAGUCCCAUCCACCAAUACCGACCGGUGUGCAAAUGCCACCACACAAUGCACAACAUUUACCACCACAGCAACAGCAACAGCAACAACAGCAGCAGGCGCCUCCACUUCAGCAGCAGCAGCAGCAGCCGCCCCAACAACAACAACAGCAACAGCAAUCACAGAUACAAGCAGUCGCUGCCGCACCCGUGCCACCACAAACGGAACCGGAACCCGCCGCUGCAGCACCAGCCGCUCCCGAAGAACCCGCCACAGCGGAGUUAAUCAGCUUCGAUUAAUACUUUCGUUUUUUUAAUUGAAUAUUAAUCAUUAAAUCAUUAUCAAUUAUAAUUAAAUCAAAUUGAAAUUUUUCAAAUCAAUAACAUCUAAUCGCACUAAGUAAUGUAAAUCAUUCCCAAAAGAGAAAUAUGUGAAACUAUUUAAUCGCUGUAUAAUCAAAUUGUAUUACACUUAUUACUACUACUCAUGCAUACAUAUGUUAUGCUAAUAAAAGUUUAUGCGUAGCAAA